GAGCUUUUCUGGAGCCGUGUGUGUGUGUGUGUGUGUGUGUGUGUGUAACCAUGCAUGUAUUCCAUAUACACUCACGCUCACACUCACACCCAUCAUCAGAAAACAAAAAGAGUAAAGAAAGAAAAAGACACACGCUCCCCACUUUUCUCUUUCUUUCCAUUACUAUUCUUGCUAUGGCAACAUUAACGGCUACAACUGCUGCUGCUGCUGCAGCCCAAGACACUGUGUGUGUUCCCAUCCCAAGAGAAGAGCGGCUGGUUGUUUACUAAUAAUGACAUCUUCUUUUCAUACAGAACGACCAAGCCCACCAGUCAAAGGAAAGCAAGCAGCAGAGUCAUCAUCACCACCAUCGCGGUCGACGAGGUAGUCGGCGAUCCUCUGGGAAGAAGAAGGACGAGCAAGAUGACGAGUCGCCUGCGCUCCAAUCCGUGCACGAUAUUAUUGCUGAAAUGCGGCGGCUGCCCAUCGCUAGCAGCAGCACUGAAUGGUCCCGUAGGAGCAGACGUCACUCGGAACCAUUUAAUCAACGCGUUGAACCGACUACUACUUCUGCUGCUGCUGCUGCUGCCACUAGUAAUGUUUUCCAUCCGCUAGCAGUUCCGCCGCCAGAGUUCAACUUUCCCAUCGGUCCUGCUGCUGCUGCUGCAGAAGAAGCGGCAAAAGAACAAAUAAAACACGAACGAGGUCACUUGAGCAUGCCGAAACGGGUGAGAAGUCAGUCCUUGCCCGGUCAUUUCGAUCACGACAAGGCAUCAGCAUCACCAUCCUCUUUAACAAACAAUUAUAGCAACGUCGCUGCAACAACAACGCGUCGUGCACUUUAUCCCACGCAUAUUCCUGUGCCUGAUGCCAUCCACCUGAUUCAAACGCGACAGCUUUUCUCGGGCAUGCUGUCUGUGGACCUCCAGGACAGCUCGGAUGCCUUUGUCGCUUGCGAAGAACUGGGUAGCGACAUCUACAUCUACGGCUCGCGUAACCGCAACCGUGCACUGGACGGGGACCACGUUGCAGUUGAAUUGGUCGAUGUGGAGAACAUGCUGGCUGAAAAGGCAUCUAAAAAGCAAGCGCGUCGACGCUCGUCUCUUGCUGCAGCCACGUUGCACUCUAUUCCUGAAGAAAGUGUGGCUCCCAGUGUUUCCAGCACUACGAAUGAUGUUAUGCGUCGUCCUGCAUAUUGUGGUAAGGUGGUGUCCAUUCUCGAACGACCAAAACGGAUGCUGUUCUCAGGUACACUGUCACUAGACAGACCCAGUAGUACGGCUGCUUCAAUGACUCAUCCCGCCUUUUUUCAACAACCACCAAUCGCACCUCUACAGCAACAGCAGCAGCAGCAAAAACCAUCUAUUAUAUGGUUUGUUCCAGCAGACAAGCGUCUACCAUUGGUUGCAGUUCCUGUGAAGCAUGCGCCUUACGGGUUCAUAAAGUACCACGAAGAGUUCAGACACCGAAUAUUUAUCGGGAGUAUCCAACGAUGGCCAGCGACAUCGCUGCAUCCAUUUGGCACCAUUGAACGCGAGAUCGGCUAUAUGGGUGAGCUGAGCGUCCAUUCUCAAGCAUUAAUGGCCGAUCAUCACCUUAAAGACAGUUGCGAAUUUACCAAAGGCGUCCACAAGUCCGCAGACGCCGUUGAGAGUGUCAAUCACUCCAAACGAUUGGAUCUGCGCCACUUGGCUCUUUUUACCGUCAGUGACAGUGACGGAGGUGAACACACGACAUUGGCGGACCAUGGUUUCACAGUUCAGUGUUUUGAAGCUGAGGACUUGUUUGAAAUAGGUGUUCAUACAAUCGAUCUCGCUGGUCUCGUUCGACCUAAUACAUUGCUGGAUCGAGAAGCCAAAGAUCGGGCAGUCACUGUAGAUCUUGUGGAAAGGCAGGUCCCAAUCUUUCCGCCGACAUUUACUAAUACACAUGCGGAACUAUCACCUGGAAAAGAAAGGGCAUCGCUUUCUGUACUUUGUCGGGUGACGCGGUCUGGAAAGUUGAUCCAUUCUUGGAUCGGAAAAACCAUCGUCAAAUGCCGCGACCAUUUGGAAAGUGACAACAUUUCUCGUGCUAUGCUCGAUGCAUGCAAAGCUUUGCAGACAACCCGUCUUAAAGAAGGCGGUUCCAGUCUAGCGAUAUCGUAUCAAAAAUUUAGUUUAGCCGACAGCGGUUAUCCUCAAUCCAUCACGCGUAUUCAUAAAAACGAUGACCAUCCACUGGUAUUGUUAAAAGAGGCAGUUAUUCUUGCCGGUCAAGAAGUUGGUCGAAAGAUCACAAGUCGUUUGCCAGAGCAUGCUUUACUAUGUCGCCAGCAAGCACCUCCAUCAACGAAUGAAGAAUAUACACAACGUCAUUGUGGAAGAUCAGUGUAUUUUUGUAGCGGGAAUGUAGAUAUCGCGCGAUAUCAACAUCAUAGCUAUGCUGCAUCGCUAUACACUGUGUUUGCCGAGCCUCUUCACAAGUACGCAUGCAUUGUGGUGCAGCGACAAUUACACGCUGCGCUCAAAAGAGAGAAAGACGGAAGUAGUAGCACUACUACGAACAGCAGCGAUGACAGCCAGGGUAGUAACAAGGAGAUGGAUACGAUAGAUAAGCUAGCGCGCCAUUGCAAUGCUAAAGAAUUCGCCCGAGAUUCAGCAUAUGAACAUAGUGUUGCGCUUUAUAUUGCAGCGUAUAUCUACCGUCAAAGCCUCGAUAAAAAGGAGAAAUCGCUACUUCAGCAGGCAACAAUCGUAUCGCUACAGCCACCGUACUCGCUCAUAAUAUUUAUCUCGGAAUACGGCUUGGAAAAAGAGAUACACAUACUCAAUUGCAAAGAUAUCCAUACAGUUAGCUUUGAUCCAGCUACUGAUACCAUGCAAUUGAUAUGGCAUACUCCAUCAUUGACAUUUGCACCAACGCUUGCGCCACAAUUGUCACCAGCACCACACCCAUCAACCGCAUCACCAUCCCCAGCAGCAGAACAAGACAGUGAACUGGCGGUGGAACAGCAAGAGCAUAAUCGGUAUCAAGCAUCAAGUGUGAGACAGGGCUCUGUAGUAGAUAUCCGUAUCGUGUCAGAUAUGAAGGUCAUUCGACCUGGAUUAGAGAUUCAGCUUGUCAAUCCUUUUAAAAAUAAGCAGUAAAAAACUUUCUACAACCAGCCAGAUCCUCUAAAACUGGAUAGAGGGUGAUAUGUAUACGGGGAGUGUGGCUGCAACAACCGUAGAAGAUCAAUGCAAUUUAUGACUGAUAACCGCAAUAACAAGUAACUCAUGAUUAAGUUGCACUGUAUUUCAAACAAGCAGCAGCUUGAUUGAUUUCAGGCUGCUCUGUCAACGC